AUGACGGUUCACGCUGCCCGCCUCACCCCAGAGGUGCUUCUGUCCGCCCCUCGCCGAUCAACGGGCGUUCCAAACUCGACGGGCGAGCUGGUGCUUUAUACUGUGUCGGCGUACUCGUUCGAGACUCACUCCAAGUCCUCCCAGCUCCGGGUGCUCAACAUCAAAGAAGGCACCUCACACCUUGUGUCUGAGGACCCAGGUGUCAGUGACCCCGUCUGGAUCGGUGAGACGGAGGUCAUGUAUCUCAAGGGAGGUGACAAUGGCUGCACUAUGAUUAUGACCCAGCGGGUGCUGGACAACUCAGAACCUCAGAUGGCGCACUACUUGGCUGGAAAUGUCUCAAGCCCCAAGACAAAGGUCUUGUCAAAUGACAAGGUCGCCAUUUGCUUCGUCGGACUAACAACUCCCAAGGGGGAUUUGUACUGGCCUCCCGUUGACCACAAAGCCUACGAUUCAGCCAGAAUCUACACCUCGCUCUAUGUCCGUCACUGGGAUACCUGGAACACCCCGAAUGAGAACUCAUUAUGGUACGGCCAACUGGCCAAAAUUGAUGGGAAAUGGGCUCUGGACAGCCCGGGCCUGACCAAUCUCUUGGCCGGUACCGACCUCAAGUCUCCCGUUCCUCCUUUCGGCGCCGCUGGCGACUUUGACAUCUCCGCCCAUGGAAUCUGCUUUGUGGCUCGGGAUCCAGAGUUAAACCCGGCAAGGUAUACCAAGACUGACCUCUACUACGUGCCCAUCAAGUCGUUUGUUGAGAAGCCACACGCCCCUGAGAUUGUCAAGACUGGCAAACUGGUGGGCUACAGCAUUGCACCAACUUUUAACAAGGAUGGCAGCAAAAUCGCGUUUGCUAGAAUGAAGGAUAUCCAGUACGAGGCGGACAAGACCAGGUUGAUGCUCGUCCCCGACGUCAACGAUGUUGGCAAUGUUGAAGAGUUUUAUGAGACGAGCAAUGGGGAAGGUGGUUGGGACCUGAGGCCGGACUGGAUCAUUUGGAGUCACGACGAAAAGAAUCUAUACGUUGGUGCCGAGAAGCACGGCCAGGUGUUGCUGUGGAUGCUCCCAUCCUCCCCUGGUGAUGCCAAUGAGCUGCCUACACCUUUUCGCCAGGACGGCUCAGUUAGCGACGCCAAGUUACUGGGCGAUGGUCCCUGCUUGUUCAUCAGCUCCAAGUCUCGUAUCGAGAGCUCGUUGUACAGUGUCUUGGACCCGGUGUCAAAGUCAGCCACUGAGAUCUCAUCAAGUUCCAAGAAUGGCAAGUGCUUUGGUCUCAACAAGUCGAUGCGAGCCGAUUUCUGGUACCGCGGCUCACUGGGCUACGACGUUCAUGCUCUCGUUACAAGACCUUCCGACUUUGACCCUUCGAAGAAGUAUCCUCUGGCCUUCUUGAUCCAUGGUGGCCCGCAGGGUGCGUGGUUGGAUGAAUGGAGUACACGGUGGAACCCAGCCAUCUUCGCCGAGCAGUGCUACGUUGUGGUUUCCCCAAACGUCACGGGCAGCACUGGCUAUGGGCAGAAACAUAUUGACGCUAUUACGUGCAACUGGGGGGGCAAUCCAUACGAAGACUUGGUGCUGUGUUUUGAGCACCUGGAGAAAAAUGUGAAUUACAUUGACACGUCACGAUCAGUGGCUCUAGGAGCCUCUUACGGAGGCUACAUGAUCAACUGGAUCCAGGGCCAACCCCUAGGGCGCAAGUUCAAGGCCCUCGUCUGCCACGACGGCGUCUUUUGCACACAGAAUCAGUGGUCAAGCGAGGAGCUGUUCUUCCCUGAGCAUGACUUUGGCAGCACGCUGUGGGAGAACCGCGAGACCUAUGUCAAAUGGGAUCCAUCUCUGUAUUGCCAGAACUGGGAAACCCCGAUGCUGGUUCUGCACAAUGAACUGGAUUAUAGACUGCCCAUUUCUGAAGGCUUGGCCAUGUUCAAUGUUUUGCAAGCCCGAAAGGUCCCGAGUAAGCUUGUUGUAUUCCCAGAUGAGAACCACGUGAGUGACUACUGCAAAGACUUUACAAAGAAUGCUAGUUAUCAGACGGGCUGA